UCAGACCAGUUUUUCUUGUGCUUCGAACACACCAUGGUUCUGAAGAAUUCCUGGACAGUUUGUCCUCUGCUUUUAGGAAUCGCUGCUGCUGCAGUGUUUGUGGAGAAACACGAAGCCGACUUGGUUCUGCGGAGAUGGCGCCGGGCAAACAGUGGUUUCUUUGAGGAGAUGAAACAGGGAAACCUAGAAAGGGAAUGCAAUGAGGAGAUCUGCAACUACGAAGAAGCUCGGGAAGUGUUUGAAAACGACGACAAGACGAGGGAGUUCUGGAAGACGUACAGCGGUCGUGAACCCUGCCUGGUCAAUCCCUGCAAGAACAAAGGAUUGUGUAUAAAUGUUGGAACCUCGUAUGAAUGUCAGUGUCCUGAAGGAUACGAGGGACGAUACUGUCAGACAGCUUGUGGUCAAGUUGCUCCAGCAGAAACAGAAACUGGACUCAAUCAGACCAUUCAGGUCCAGAUCAGGGGGGUUGGAGCCAAUCACUGUCCCAAAGGAGAGUGUCCCUGGCAGGUUCUGGUUCAGCURAAUGGAAAGAGUCACUGUGGAGGAGUUUUGAUCCACCCAGACUGGGUCAUCACCGCCGCCCACUGUUUGCAUGGCAAUGACACCCAGAAACUCACCGUGGUGGCAGGGGAUCAUAACAUUGACGUUGAAGAGAACACAGAGCAAAGGAUUCCCGUUUCCAUGGCCAUUUCCCAUGAGAGUUACAAUCCGGUGAGUGGCGACAGUGACGUCGCCCUGCUCCGGUUGAACCGCUCCGUCACGUUAAACCGGUACGCCAUUCCAGUCUGCCUUCCCACCAAAGACCUGGCAGAGAGGGAACUCCUACCGGUUCGAUACCACUUCUUGUCCGGCUGGGGCAAGAGGACGUCUGGGGGCAACGCCAACACCUCGCCGGGGGCUCCGGUGUCCCCCAUCCKCCGCAAGAUGGCCGUCCCCAUCAUCCCAAACUCCCAGUGCUCCCAGAAAGCCGGGUUCAACUUCACCGACAACAUGCUGUGUGCCGGAUACCUGGAGGGCAAACAGGAGAGCUGCCGUGGAGACGACGGCAGCCCACUGGUCACCAAGUAUGGCCAUGCCCACUUUCUGAUGGGUGUGGUUGGCUGGGGGCGUGGUUGCACACACCCGGGAUAUUAUGACAUGUACGCUAACAUGGCCAAGUUUGUGGACUGGGUGGAGAGCACCAAAAAGAACCCACCCACCACAACGACGCCAGUUCUGCUGCAACAAAAGCUUCAAUAAACAACUAAUUUUCUUCUCAUAUCGGAAGAUUUAUUUAGAUAAAAGUAAAUUAAACCUGAAUUGAUUGACGUUAUUGUCCAUUUCUCUGACUGUUAAGUUAAAUUUAUGAACUGAGAAAUAGUUUCCUUUUCAGACAGAAUAGGAUUAGUCAAUAAAACCAAUAAACUUUCUUCAGUCAACUAAAA